UUCUUCGGCGCUUGCUUUUGCCUUUUCUUGAGUGAUGAAACCUUUCUAAAUUCUUAUUUUUCAUACCUUGGCGCUGUUCAGGUCCCAGCGUGUGCUGCUGCAUAGAGGAAUUUGAUAGCAGCCCAGAUACACGAUACGAUUAAGAUUCUGAAGAAAAAAACGAAUAUAAUCGUACUUCAACUGAGCACGUAUGAUUUUUUCAUCGGCCUUAUUUUCACAAUCAUUCUCUCAAACUCGGUCGUUCUCUGUGCCUAUUUUAACAGGACCUCGUAAAUUAGUUGGUAGAGCGUGCAGAAAAGUGUAUUGUAAUCGCAAGCGGUGUGUUUUGCAAGGCAGGAAUUCAGUGCAAUAAUUACGUAGUGUUAAACUGUGUAUAGCGCGGACUCCACUACCUGUUCGAGAUACACACCAAUGUGCGGUAGAGAGCUUCCCUUCGGAAGUAGCGGAAGUGCUGUUUUUCUAGGAAACCUCUGACGCCGUUUCUCAAAAUUGAUUCUUCAGUAUAGGCCUUGGUUAGGUGCCUUUGUUACGCGCAAUUGAUGCGCCAUCUUCUAAUCGCGAUACGGUUAGUAAAGAGUAAUUUCAAUAUGCACAGUGCGUAGACUCCCGAACAUCCCUUUGAAAAGGAAUAGAACAAAAGAAUCCCGGUCACACGCAGGAACGUAGGACGAACGAUUUUCUGUUGGUGCUGAUUUUUUAAUAGUAUCACGGCUUUUGGUUGAGCGCCGAGGAUCGCUAUUGCGUUGGAUUGAUCCUGCUCUGAGAUAACCCUUUGAACGGAGCAUAUAUCGUGGAAAACAACUGAAGUAAUUAGCAAUAAAUCACCAGUACAACGCAAGAAGAGCAGAGCAACUGUAAUCCAAAUUUGUAUCAGGAGACCAAGCUAACUGGAACAAAAUGGAAGAAGAACGUGAACACGACCGUGAUAGGGAACGAUUCAAGCACUCUAAAAAGCGGUCUCGCAAAAGUAGUAAGAAAUCGAGGCGCAAAAGCCGCACCACCUCGUCGGAUGCGGAUGAUCUCUCGUCGGCCUCUUUUGGGGAAGAAACAAGGCGUCUAGUGUCCUCGGAUCGCAGUCGAAAGGCUAGGCGGCCGGAUACGUUCGACGAUAGUAGCGGUGGGCUCGGUGGUGACGCAACGCAUGUCGAAUACUCUGACGUUAGUUCGGAUGAUUUCUCAGCGCCGGAGGCAGGCGAAAUAGAGACGGAUGUCACCGAUGUGUGUGGGGUAGUUGGUGGAUUCAUAAACAAUGGCAGUGACGGAUCAACAGUGAAAGAUACCGUGGUGAAUGACUCCUUCAAUUCACGCUCGAUUGGGAAAAGCAGAACGAAAACGUGUUCGUAUGACAUCCGUGACUCGAAGAACGUGUACCACACCGACAAGUGUCGCAAUGCCACACCACCCGAGGGCGACCGAAGAGUAUUAGCUUUAGGGGCCUCGGUCUCUUCAAAGAGAAGCUCGCUAAAGCGCAUACAUUCAAUUUCUUUUGAUACGUCUCUGAAGAGGCAACAGCAUUGGCUACAUCAGAGAGAUAAGAAUGAUCGGCAAACCAGCAUCAAAGAAGAUGAAAUCUUGGUUUCGGCAGAAGAAAAUGAAGUAGAGGAGCGGGCUAGCGGCUGCACGAUGGCAAAAUCGAAUGUGUCGCCAGCCGUUCCUGAUAGCGAUGCAGUGGGCGUCGACGAGGAAGAUGGUGAAGAGGAUGAAGAGGAGGAGGAUAAGAUAGAUGGAGCUGAUGAGGAAGAUGGUAUUCAAGAUGAAUCUACAUCCGUGUCAGCCGUGAUUUCCGGUCGGCGAAGGAAAAAGAACAAAAAGGAUAAAAAGCACAAAAAGAACAAGCGGACUAAGAAGCGCAAAAAAAAACUACGAAACAAAUCCAUAUCAAGCGUAGAAACCAUUUCGGAAAGUGAAGACUCAUUGCUGGAAUCGUUAACACCACCGUUGAGGCAGUCCCCCGGUACUGGUGGUGGUGAAAGCGUAUCCUACACACCUGUACACAAAGAUGCCAGUCUUACACCUGUAUCGCCUGGGACACCUCCACUCACAGAAGCUCAAUACGAUGCAAGGGUCUUACGUCACAAAGUUAGUAGUCCGUACGGUCGCGAAGUAUCGACUGGUGGGGAUCAUAGUCCUUCCUUGGAAUGCGACAGCAUUGCUGUUGGUGGUGGCGGCAGUGGAUCUUUUAUCAAUACUAGUGGUAGUGGUCGAAAGCAGUAUAUCUCCUCUUCACCGCAUACACCUCCUGUAAGAGGAGAAAGCAGGAAAAGCCUCUAUCAAGAUCGAGGUGCGCUUCAGCAACAAGUUGGCAGUCCAAUAGAUCUGGACAGUUCGCCGCCUUCAUGCAACAAUUUGCAUCGCAGUAAGACACGGAACAGCGAUCGUGGCGGCAGCGGAAGACGCAGUCAGUCCGGUGAUCAAAGGCCCUACUCUUCCCGUAGGACCCCAUCUCCAAAUGGGAAUAACAAACCGUAUACCCCGCCUCCUUCAAAACGGCGUCGUGAUAGGUCACCACCAGAAAAGGAAUUAUAUCGCAAAGAGGGAAGCAAUAGCAGAAGCUACAUAAAGCGGGAACGAGACUGGGAUGAUCGAAGAAGAGACGAAACACAGAAGAGAAAUUACUUAAAUACCAGUCCCACCAGUAACCGGCGUUCGCGGCGAACACCAUCACUUACAGUUGGCCAAGCGGGAGGCAGCACGCGGUCAAGAUCUUCCCGAAGAAGCGGCCACUACAGCCCGUCGCCUGACCGAGGAUCCGUGUCUACUUCUCGGCCCCGUCACCGAUCGCGUAGUGCCCGCCGAUCGUCGCCACCUUUGUCUUCUGGCAAACGGUUCUCCAGCAGUCGGUCACGUUCUCCGCCAUUAUCAUCAGCGAAAAAAUAUGAUCUUCAGGAGAAGAUCACUGAUACUAGCUUCUUCGCGGAACUUAUCAAGGAUAAACAUAAACGAAGGAAGACACUACAGGAGAUAUUGGAAACGAACGAGAAGCGAGAGGGACCGAAUGCCGCAUUAUCGCUCGAAAACGAAAAUAGCAUUUCAAAUGAUUGCCUGAAUUUGGAUGGCAGCAAUAAUGUCCUGGGUGGUGUUAGUAAUGGAUCAGUGGUUACCUUUCCCAAUGGCUAUCAACAUGGCGGCAUUACCAAUCUUAUCGAUAUUCCAAUGCCACGACCAGCAGUGUCAGCCGGAGUAUUGUGUGAAUCAGUACGUAUCACUGUACCUGAACGCUCUAAUGCCGCCUUGGAAAAUACGACUAACAGCAAUAAUGGCAAAACGAAUAAUACCACGGCACACGAUAUGUGUAUUCCUGUGAUACCGAACAGUGGCAUAAAAUCGACGUUUACGCAAUCCAUACCACAGAAUGCCACUGACGAUAAACUGUCGAUCAACGAUCCAUCCUCCGCAAAUAGUACGGGAGUUGUGGACAGUGCGAACACCGUCAACAUCAGCAGCAGCGUCAACAUCAAAACAAAACCAAAAAGUCUCACCAAACUCCCAAUGCCUCCAGGUGUAAACGUUGCUGAGUUAGUAGGUGCACAGACACCCAGCCCAGCUGGUCCCAUUAGUCCUGUUGCUGUGGUGAUGAAAGUAAUGCCCAUUCCGACGCUUACAACAACCGGUGCCGUGCCGUUAUCCGCUCACGGUAAUGUGAAUAGUGAUGCACCGACAACGUUAGCAAGCGGUGUUAUCUGCGGAAGUACUGGGGGUAGCGGUGUUACACACACAACCAAGAAAGGACUACUAAAUCUGCCGAUGCCGCCGAUGGUGCCCGGUUCGGAGGAUUUGAGUGGUGAUGAAGAUAUGGGCUCUCCGCUCGCUGCUGGCCUUCGUCGAAUAGAUGAUUCACUAACGAAGUCUACGGCUGUCGCUACAAUACAACAUAAGCAAUCUUCAGCGAGUCACCAUUACAACAACAAUAACAAUAACACCUUAAACAGCAACCGUUACAAGGGUACUGGUCCGACAACCGGAAUAUCUGGAGUAAAAUCACAAACCCCAAGGCCCCGGAUUCUGAACCGACGCCAUUCGCGCAACAUGACCGCUCCAAUGUCGGCAUCUGGGGGUAAAGAUUGGGGCGAACGGUGCGUGGAAGUUUUCGAAAUGCUUGAACAAAUCGGGGAGGGCACGUACGGACAGGUUUACAAGGCCAAGGAUCAAAUGACUAAAGAACUGGUUGCGCUGAAAAAGGUGCGGCUUGAGCACGAAAAGGAAGGAUUUCCUAUCACGGCCGUGCGUGAAAUCAAAAUAUUACGUCAGCUGAACCAUACAAACAUCGUGAAUCUGCGCGAAAUCGUAACCGACAAGCAGGAUGCGCUCGAAUUUCGCAAGGACAAGGGAUCAUUUUAUCUGGUGUUCGAGUACAUGGAUCACGAUUUGAUGGGACUGCUCGAGUCAGGGCUGGUGGAUUUCAACGAACAGAACAAUGCUAGUAUCAUGCGCCAAUUACUGGAUGGUCUAAACUACUGCCACAAGAAGAAUUUUUUACACCGCGAUAUAAAAUGCUCUAACAUUCUAAUGAACAAUCGUGGAGAGGUAAAGCUUGCUGAUUUUGGACUCGCCCGUUUGUAUAAUGCAGACAACCGAGAGCGUGCCUAUACGAACAAGGUGAUUACGCUCUGGUACCGGCCUCCAGAACUAUUACUCGGUGAGGAGCGCUACGGACCGGCGAUUGACGUGUGGAGCUGCGGCUGCAUUCUUGGGGAACUGUUCCUCAAAAAGCCCCUAUUUCAAGCGAACCAAGAAUUGGCCCAGCUCGAGAUGAUUUCGCGACUCUGCGGCACCCCUACACCCGCUGUCUGGCCGAACGUGAUAAAGUUACCUUUCUUCAACACACUUAAAUCGAAGAAGCAGUACCGCCGUAAGCUUCGUGAUGAUUUUGUGUUCAUGCCAACUCCCGCUCUCGAUCUGCUCGAUAGUAUGCUUGUGUUAGAUCCCGAUCGUCGAAUAACUGCAGAAGAUGCGUUAAAAUCAAAUUGGUUGAAGAAUGUAAUACCAGAUCAGCUAACACCACCGAAGCUACCGACUUGGCAGGAUUGCCAUGAACUGUGGAGCAAAAAGAGGCGCCGCCAGCUUCGUGAGCAGCAGGAAGCUGCGCAGAACCUGCCCCCCGGUAAACCGUCCGGUGGCAUGGGGAAGAUGGUUUGUGAUGGUCACAUCUCUUCUGUUCCAGUUACGGGCGGCGGGUGUGGUACGACCAGUGUAAAUAUGGUCUGAAUGCAGUUCAGUGUAUAUAAUCAAACAGUCAUUCGCGCCAUAUGAAAACAUCUGUUUUCUUCCUCUACACGUGUUUUAUCUUUUUUUAUCGGUUUCCUACGGCGGUUUUCUAUCACUAUCAUCAUCAACAAUAAUUUAUCGUGUACUACAAUUCUGCGUAUGAUUGCACUUGCAUACCACGAUAUGUGUGCGUAUGUGUGUACAAAUUGUAUUGUAUUUCUGCUGCAACGUAAUGAUUUGUAAACGUAACUAGUCCUUCAUAGAUUUUCCUCUCUCUUCCAAUUCUAAAGGGUUUAAUUAAAUUGGAAUGGAAAAUACAGGUUGGGCUAACAUUCAUUUCUAAAUCUUACUAUUGUAUAAAGUAGACCAUAAAACUUAUUAUGGGGAACAUGUCGGGAAUAGAAUCGAGGAAAUUAUACCUCCCCAUUCGAUCAUUCACAGAAAUACAGAGAGCUAAACAGAACCUACACUUUUUAGUAUACAAAGAAAUGGAAUUAUUAGAAAUGAAAUUAUUGAAAUAGAUAAAAAGGAAAGAGUAUGAAUAAUGACGAUAAUUGCAAAAUAUAGGCCAGGGCCGGAUAAUAAGUGAAAGCGGAUACUAUUCCUGAUAAAACCAUUAAACUUUUCCGUGUUCUUCUUUUUCUUCUUCAAACGCAUGCUGCUUUUUUGAUGACCAAGAUCGUGAAAUUUUUAACCUUUUUCCAAAAUCCGGUUGCUGCGUUGUUAUAUAGAAUAUAACACCACCUAUUUAAAACGGUAAAACGGAAAUGAGCCCUCGUGAUCUUCUGUCUUAAUAGCUAUUCAAGGAUUUCGCGGCUAUAAGUUGGUAACCUGCUACUCAGCAAAUGCGCCAGUAAGAGAAAGGAAAAGACCGCCAAAGUUGCAGCGUUGCGUUUCAGCAUCGAUUAAACCGUAGCG